UAAGAUUUUGUAAAAAAGAGAUUUCCUGGCCAAUUAGGAAGUGUUUACAUCCAGUGCAUCAGUUGAAAAAUAGGCGGUGCGAAAUAACAGCAUUUUAUCUGAACACUCCCAGUCGUUAGUGCCUAUAAGUCUCAAGUGCCUGUACUUGUGAUUCUCGUUUGUAAUAUUAGUAACCUCUUGUAGUCAUGAAUUGGAAAAAAAUGCUGUCAAAGCCAAACUGCAUAAACUGUUUGACUGACGGAGAAAAGUAUUUUAAACAGAUUUGAUACUGAGUUCACUGUUUGAAAGAAGUGCUGCCAGUCAAAUGCAAAACUUGCAUCAACUAUUAAAAUACCUUGGAGGGUCUGUUACAGAUUGUUAUAUAGCAACUUUAAUUCCACUGGUUCUGUGUUGCACUUCACUGUUUUGUGUUAAUAACGUGAAGUUUCUAAGUGUGGGAUAACUGAUGCUGUUUAAUGCUCCAUCUUCCUUCGUUGGUGAUGAAAUUAACUGUGAUGAUUCCUUCAACUUAUUGGUUGGCGUUCCUGGUGGUUGGUUGCUAUGGCAAAGAGAUUACAAGCAACAUAACAGGAUGGAGUUAUACAUUACCAGACAAUCAAGAGGUUAUAUACGAUGUUUUACUGGACCAAGAAGUGAGUGAACACGUUGUACACAAACGCAGUGGCUCCCAACUACGUAUUAGCCUGUACUACGACACCAGUGUCUACUGGCUUCCGACAGACCAAGAAAUUCUCAUCAAGGAGAAAGUUGAAGAGGCUGCCGCAUUCUGGAAGGAUACACUGAGGGUUCAACCGACACAUGACCCCAUACGACUUAGCAGGAAGUGCAUCAGUAACGAGGUUCGAUACUUCAAUAGUGUCAAGUACUGCAGGGACGGUUGUGCGCUGCUCACUCACUGUGGAGAUAUAGUCAUACCCAAUAGCCAUCUACAGAGUUGCCACUGGUGGGACAGCUUCGCCAACGAGUAUUAUAGCACAGACAGGAUGGACUCAGACCCAGAUGGGACUCGGAGGGGGGUCGUUGACGCUGACUUUGUCCUGUACGUGGCAGCCAUUUCUUCGGACAAGUGUCAGAGGGAGACCACAGUGGCCUAUGCUGCUCAUUGUCAGUUGGAGGGUGUGCAAGACAGGCCGGUAGCAGGCUACAUCAGCAUCUGUCCCCACGCCAUCUCCACCAGUAUACACAAACACGAGGAGCUACUGUACACCAUCAAGCAUGAAAUCCUUCAUGCACUGGGUUUUACAGCCAGUUUAUAUGCCUUCUUCAGAGACCCCAUGGGUCGACCCCUCACCCCUCGGGACCAGUACACGGGCAAACCUCUGAACUUUGACUAUUCACUGUCCAUGUACACAUGGAGUGAUAGAGUGGUUGCCCAGGUAACCAGGCCAGCAUGGAGGUUAAAGGGACAGACCAUCGCCAAGACUGUGAACAUGAUAGUGACACAAAAUGUUGUGAGAGAGGUACGUAAUCAUUUCAACUGCCCUACACUUGAGGGUGGAGAGUUGGAGGACCAGGGAAUCAACGGGACGGCGCUCACUCACUGGGAGAAACGGGUUUUUGAGAAUGAGUUCAUGACGGGUACAUACACACAGAAUCCUGUGAUCUCGCGUAUAACACUGGCCUUGAUGGAAGACACAGGAUGGUACAACAUCAACUACAAGAAUGCUGGUAUUUUGGAGUGGGGUCAAAAUCUAGGAUGUGAUUUUGUGAUGAAGAGUUGCUAUGAAUGGAUGGAAACCAGAAUAGCCAGAAACGAAGACAUUCAUCCAUUCUGUAUCAACGUUAAUCGAGGGCAGCCAUUGACAGAGUGUACGCGGUCCAGGGGAGCUGUUGCCAUCUGUAACCUGGCUGAGUUUCAAGCCUCACUACCACUGCAGUAUCAGUAUUUCCGCUCAGUAGCGGGCGUGCAGGCCUCAGACGCGGGGAGGUACGGGGGCAGUGUGUCGCUGGCAGACUACUGCCCGUACCUGCAGGAGUUUGUGUGGAAACAAGACGACAGUUUCAAACGGGGAUCCAGGUGUUCCAUCUCACAAAACAACCUCGAACAGUCGCAGAAUCAUCUGCUGGAGUACUAUGGGCCAAACUCAAAGUGUUUCAGCCACGGACUAGGGUGGCAGCUACAACACUGCCGCGGUGUGUUCAAGCCCCUGUCCGGCAGCGGCUGUUACCAGUACAGAUGUGACACCCGGUCCGGGCUCACGCUGAUCGUGAUGGGCGUUGAACAUCGCUGCUACUUUGAGGGACAGCAGAUACUGGUCACUUACUCAGACUCCCACUGGUUACACCGCGGCAACAUCACGUGUCCCUCGUGUGCAGAAAUAUGCCAGGAGGAAGGAUUACAGUGUCCACCAGAGCAACGUGACGUCUAUAUUUCAACAGAUUCUCAUGCAGCCCGCAUACCCUGUGGCAAGGCAACACACCACCGAAUCUCACAGAUGUUGAUUGCAUCUUUAUUAGUUCUAUGUUACCUCUGUAUACGCAGAACAUUUUAGACUAGGAAAAGCUGAUUGUGUACAGAUAGUCAUAUGCAUAUUUUUCACAUUUGUGUCUUAAGAUAUGACAAAGUCUCAAAAAAGUCAACGACACUGGAUCCUUAUAAUAUUCCGUUUGUGACAUUCGUUGGGUCGAUUAAUGUAGAUAUGACCCAUGCUGUGGGAAAAUGGGGCUUAAUGUAUGUGCGAAAAGUGUAUGGAGCUUUAACUAUUUUACAAUUUGGUUACCAUAUUCAAAUCCAUACAUUGUAUCCGAUAUAAACAUUGUAUGGGCCAAAGUUUUGUUUGUCUUUCAAAUAAGUUAGUCAAUAGAAUUACUUUGCAGGAAUGGGUGUAUAUUAUAUUUGACAUAUGCAUUUAUUUAAUGCUUUCCGGUGGUUUAUAGAGAAAUUUCAGUGAAUUAAAACUGAUAAUUUCACUGUUUCAAACUGAAAAUUAGCAGUGAGAAUUAUCGAUAAUUUUCAUUGUUUACUGUGAAAUGACGUCAUUUUUUUUUACGAAAUGACGUCAUUAUCCCAGCAAAAUUCGUUAGUUAAUCUCUUGAACAAUGUAUAUAAACUGUGAAAAAUGCAUUAAAUAAAAAGAAAAUUUGUUGGAUUCGGUGGAUUAUUGAUUUUAAUUCACUCGAUAAUAAAAUCGAUAAUCCACCGGAUCCAACAGAUAUCCUCUAUGCAUUCCUCAUUCCACAUAAACUAUGAGCCUUGCUCUGUGGAAACCGGACUUGGAUGCAUGGGUGUAAAGUGUCAUCCCAGAUUUGUCCCAUGGGUGUAAAGUGUCAUCCCAGAUUAGUCUCUGCAGUCUGCACAGGCUAAUAAGCCACAAUACUUUCCGCUAAUGUGGUAUUUUAUGUUGAAAGAAAGUUUCUUCUGAGCCAAAAUUCAGUUAAGGUAGAAAUGUUGUCCUUGUUUAGCCUGUAAAGGCUGCACAUCUAAUCUGGGACGACACUUCGGUAUGCAUUAAUCCUUUGCAUGCUGGGAAAUUUGUCGUCUGCUAAAAUGUCGUCUGCUGAAUUUCUAAAAUUAGCAUUUUCUUUGAUUUUUUUUUCAAAGAAUACUAUCAGAAUAGCAAACAGUUUGGAUCCUGAUGAGACGCCACGUUCUGUGGCGUCUCAUCUGGAUUCAAACUGUUUGCAAAGGCCUUCAAAAUUCGGUUCCCGCUCAGAAAGAGUUAAGUUCGGUUAUCCCAGAGCACAGGUCAAAUUAACUAUUUGUGUGUUCAUUGUUUUUGUCAUUCAUAUUUGAACAUGCAUAAGUACUGGCCUAUUGUUUAUAUCCACAUGCACUUGGCACUUUUAUGUUUUUUCUAGAUCAUGUUUUAAAUGUGACCUAAAAAAACAGCAAAUCUAUUAAAAGAUAUUUUCCUUAAUUCUUAAAUAAACAAUUAAUCUAGGACUAUUUAUUGAGUUUGUUGCAAGUUCAAUAAUCUUUAAAUAUUAUUUUUAUUUUUUUCCUAAAGAACUAAAUGUAAAUGAUAAUUUAAGACCCCUAAAAAGUAUAAUUAUCUAUGCUAGAUAUAGUAUAAAGAUUUGAAAGUCUCAUAAGAUAAGUCUCCUUUAAUACAUGUAUUAUUGUUUCAUUCAUUUUAAUGUUGUCAUGUGCAUGGUAAAACAGUAUUUUUUUGUUGUAUUCUUGGUUGAUAUUUUAACAGUUGUGAUGUAUUUACAUCACUUUUUAGCUCGACUAUUAUAUAUGAAAUAUAUAUAGUGGAGCUAUCCUACUCACCACGGCGUUGGCGUUGCUGUUCCCGUAUCCGUUCCCGUUGGCAUUUGCGUGCAAAUGUUAAAGUUUGCGUACUACCCCAAAUAUUUUCAAUGUCCCUUGACAUAUUGCUUUCAUAUUUUGCAUACUUGUUUACCAUCAUGACCCCAAUCUAUAAACAAGAGCAGACAACUGUAUCAAGCAUUUUGACAGAAUUAUUGCCCCUUUUAUACUUAGAAUAUGCAUAUUAUUGAUAAAUCAAUGUUAAAGAUUGCGUACUACCCCAAAUAUUUCCUAUGUCCUUUGACAUAUUGCUUUUAUAUUUUGCAUACUUGUUUACCAACAUAACCCCAACCUAUAAACAAGAGCAGACCACUGUAUCAAGCAAUUUGACAUAGUUAUUGCCCAUUUUAAACUUAGUAUGCAUAUUAUUGAUAAAUCUAUGUUAAAGUUUGCGUACUACCCCAAAUAUUUCCUAUGUCCCCUGACAUAUUGCUUUCAUAUUUUGCAAACUUGUUUACCAACAUGACGCCAACCUAUAAACAAGAGCAGACAACUGUAUCAAGCAUUUUGACAGAAUUAUGGCCCCUUUUAUACUUAGAUAAUUGAACAUUUUGCUUAAAUUGCUAUAACUUCUUUAUUUAUGAUCAGAUUGUAUUAAUACUUUGACAAAACAACACUUGCCUGAAUACCACAAUGGAUUCCAC